AAUUUUUCUCCAAUUAUAAAUAGCAGAGGCACAUUCUCCAUAUAUUUCUCUUUCUCUAUUUCUUGUAAUCUUGUAUUGUUUCUCUAGAUCUUCUCCUUUUUUUCGUGAAAAAGAAUUCUUUAUGGAUACAUUGUUGAUUGAUUUAAUCAAGAAGUUUGAUUUCUCUGUUUGUUGGAAUUCAGUAGCUUUGCAUUUUGGUUCUUUUGUUUUUCAUCGUCAGAUUUAUAGUCAACGUUGUUUUUGUUUCUAACCUUUGUUACUUGGAGCUGUCAUUAAUCACCAUGGGUAGAAGAAGUUCACAACGUAGGAAUGCUGCGAUGUUGGAUAGUGAUGACACAGAUAGCGUGAGUUCAACGUCAACUACUCGGUCAGAUAUGAUGUUACCUGGUUUAGAGGAGGUUCAGUUUGAUAAGGAGACGGUCCUUGAUCAAUGUGUGGACGCCCUUUAUGAGAAAAGGGGUUCAACAAGGGAGAAGGCUUUGGCAUCUAUUGUAGAAGUUUUCAAUAGCAACAUACAGCAUGAAUUUGUUGAAAAGAAGUUUGCCACAUUAUUGCAACACUGUUUGAGUUCCAUUAAACGCGGUUCCUCCAGGGAGAUAGCUUUGGCAUCUCAUGUUAUUGGGCUUCUUGCUUUAACUACUGGGCCCGGCGACAAAGCACACGAGAUUCUGGAAGAAUCAGUCACACCUAUCGCUGAGGCUCUUAAAUCUCGGUCUGAUAAUUCUAAAAUAUCCUCGUUACUGGUAUGUUUGGCCAUUAUCACCUUUGUUGGUGGCGAAGAACCGGAGGAAACAGAAAAGUCUAUGCAAUUGAUGUGGCAAGUCAUUAAUCCAAAAUUGGGUCCUAAUGUGGCUAUUGCUAAACCUUCACCAGCAAUGAUAACAGCAGUUGUAUCUUCUUGGUCUUUCCUCCUUACUACCAUGGAUGGAUGGACACUUAACCCAAAAAGUUGGCAAGGGUCAAUCUCCUACUUCUCAACUCUUCUAGACAAGGAAGACCGAUCUGUGCGCAUUGCAGCGGGCGAAGCACUUUCUUUAGUUUUUGAAGUCGGGAGUCUGGAAAAGUUUUCUGGUGAAUCUAAAGGAUCUAGUGACAGCUCCACAGAUGAAGCUAACAAAUCUAGGGAAUUAUUACAUAUACAGGGAUUAAGGGCAAAAGUACUGAACCAGGUUAGAACCCUUUCAGCGGAGGCUGGAGGUAAAGGGUCAGCCAAGAAGGAUCUCAACAAUCAAAGAAACACAUUUCGAGACAUAUUGGAAUUUCUAGAGGAUGGAUAUAGUCCUGAGAGCGCAACCAAGAUUGGUGGAGAACUGUUUAGCACAAGUACUUGGGCUCAUCUGAUACAGUUAAACUUCCUUAAGCACUUCCUUGGAGGAGGAUUUGUGAAGCAUAUGCAGGAAAAUGAGUUUCUUCAUGAUGUAUUUGGUUUCACACCAAAGAAGAAACUCGCAGGUGUUGAGCAACGUGUAUCUGGAGCUGAAAAGAGAAUGUACAAGUCACCAAAUUCAGCCCUUAACAAGGCCAGGACACAAUUCCUAAACAAACAAAGAAUGUUGUCCCAGGACAAGAAUGUCGGCUUCUAUACCGGUGGUGAUGAGUUCUGAACAAAGCAAUUGCACCGUGCAGUCUCAGCGGAAGCAUCCCAGGGACAGAUGUCCACCUUGUCAAAGUUAUUCAUUCAUAGUCGCCGAUUUAAUGAACGGAAUGAUGAUAAAAAGAUAGAUAUUUGAUCAUUUUGGUUACUGCUUGGUAGAAUAUUAUUCCUUAUUCUUCUUUUUUGUCAAGUAAUAAACUAUAUUUGCCUUGGUGUCUCUGAUGGAGUUCAUCAGUAGAGCAUAAGAAAAGCCAGCCACUUUCUAUGCAUUUUGUGUUUCUAUUGGAAUAUGUAGUCUUAAUAGAUGAUUCAGUUAGUGUGUGAUAUUAUUCCAAUUGAUGUAUUAGUGCGACUUUAUUUGAUUUUUAAUGAUUACAUAUUUGGGUUGUGGUAAAA